AACAAAAUCUUUGAUUUGAAAAUGUCAGACAAGAGUGUAGAUAGUGGUUAUCUGAAAUCGGGUAUUAGGAAAAAAAAACGUUGGACGGAGACGGAAAAACGCAAUUUACUGUCAGCCCUUAAGAAGUUUGGAGCACAAAAUAUUAGUAAUUUAAAGACUGUUUUACCUGACAGAUCAGAAAAUGAAAUUGCACAGAUGAUUAGAAAGUACCGAUCGAUUGCCGAUUUGGGUAAAAAAAAAGUAAAUUCGCCAUUAGAUGUAUGGUUGAGAAGCGGAUUUUUUGAUGAAGGAAAUCAUCUUUUGACUCAAUCAUUGUUGUUUAUAUAUUUGUUUGAAGACCAGCCACCACCAGAAGAAUGUGCAGGUUUCGAUCUAAAGUCAGCUUAUAAAUUUUUAUAUGAAGCGUCAAAAAGACAGGUAAUGACUAAUUUACCCACAAAAACAGCAGAAAUGAUUAAAGACUUGAUAAUUACUGUAGAUGAAGAAGUAUGGCCUGCUUAUGAGGUCAGCAUUACUGAGUAUUUGGUAAAUAAAUUGAAUACUUCUGUAGGAGCAGAAAAAACGUAUGUCAAAAAACAAAACAAAUCGUAAUGCACAUUUCAAGUCCAAGAAGAUUUACAAAAUCGUUGAAAUAACUUAUUUUUAUACAAAGUAAAGAUAAAGACCCGUGACCUCAAAGAUAUUUUUUUCAUAUUAAUUGUAAGGUAAU